AUGGCAAGCGUCCCAUACGAAAUUAUUGCCGCUUCGAAGCCGUUCCGAUUCCUCGUCGGGCCGGACAAGAAGGAGUUCUUUAUGAACGCCGAGCUGGUCGCGCGGAUGUCUAAACCCCUCUGGACUUUGGUCAACGGCGAAUGGAUGGAAGGAAAUGAGGGAUUCACGGAAUGGCCCGACGUCGACGAGGGAACGUUUGUCCGGUUCUGCGAGUUUGCGUAUACAGGGGAUUAUAAGGCUGCGGAACCGUUCGAAGAUACGCCCACGCCACCGAACGAGAAAGAGAGCGGUGAAGCUACAGCUUCGACGUCGGGACCAGCGCCCAACGGGGAACAAAUUAUUGAGGAAGCUUCAGCUCAGGAGCUAAUAGUUACUCAUUCAGCGUAUGGCGAACUACCAGUAGAUUCCUACGAUCCCUAUGCGAUGAAAAAAUACAAAAAAAAGAAAGGCUUGGUCUUCGUGGAAGAACCGGAAGAACCACCGCAGCCGCCGCCGCCGUCAAAGAAGGACAUCAUCUGGCGUGAAUUUCAGGAGGAAAUUAAUGAUGAGCCAGAUAGGAGAGUGAAAGAAACUUCAAAUAAGGCCCCUUCGGCAAACUACUCCGAGGUUCUCCUCUCACACGCGCGUCUGUACACCUUUGCAGAUUGCUACGAUAUCGAUAGACUCAUGGAGCUCAGUAUUCGCAAAUUACACCGGACACUAACAGUGUUCAACCUCCACAAGGGGGCGAGAGUGACCGAUAUAGCCCAGCUCAUCGACUACUCAUACAGGAAUACGAUGGAUAAAGGGGACAAGCAAGAUCAGCUGAGAAGCCUCCUUGCGACUUAUACGGCGUGUAAUAUCGAAGAGAUGUGGCCGAACUUCUAUUUCCAGGAUGUUCUGGAGUCGGCUGAUGUUUCAAAGGCUAUCAUCGGGCAGCUACUCAGGAGAGUGAACUAG